AUGGGUCCAGUUAAGGUGGUUCCCCGAUUAAAACCUUUGCCUUACUCGGCACAAGACUUACAGUCAGAACUACGUAAACCGACUUUGAACAAACAUACAACGCUGGCUGCCAUCGAGUUUUACUCCAAUGAAGACAAUCCAAACAACAAGCGAGCAUUCAAAUACAAGCCGUGUCGGCCCAAUCCUGCUUUUCAGUCGCUGAUGUAUUCCACAACAGAUCUCCCGCCUUUCAAGUGUCGUUUGUCGUACUUUGACAAGUCUCCCGGAAUUCUGGUUAAUGGGGGAGUCACCGUGGCUACCACUCCCCAAGGAUGGAGAAGUGUGCGCACUAACGUGGUGAUCAGAGAAGGCAGCUGGUAUAUCGAAUUUAGGAUAAUCAAAUCCAACGACGGAGAGAGCAAUGUGAGGUUUGGAAUUGCUAGAAGAGAAGCCAGCCUUGAGGCCCCUGUUGGUUUCGACGGAUAUGGCUACGGAAUGAGAGACAAAUAUGGACAAACGGUACAUUUGAGCAAACAAGCCAGUUUCCUCGAGUCGGAAGAGUUUAAAUCUGGAGACGUGGUGGGUCUACUUGUCAAGUUGCCGCCAAUUGAAUUGCAGCGACAACUGGCACGUCAACAGGUGCUGGAAAAAUCGGUAGCCGAGCCUCAAAACCCUGCUCCCUUGAACGAAAAGGUGGGAUUUGACAUUGUGCGCGAUCAGAUUCCUAUCAAAUACAAGGGUCAGCUCUAUUUCGAGCAGUACGAUUACUCAACAUCAAAGGAAAUGGAACACUUGCUGAAUCCGGUGACCGUGUUUGGAGAAAAAGCUGUGCGCGACACGGUGGAAUUUGAACCGUGUAAGCUUCCCGGCUCUUCGAUCACCAUAUACAAGAACGGUGAGAAGAAAGGGGUUGCAUUCGAGAAUCUCUAUGCUUUCCUUCCGCCUUCUUCCGAACAAAAACAGGGCAAGGAAACCAAGUCCAAGUUUUUCGUGUCGAACGAUGACGGAUCUCUGGGGUAUUAUCCAAUGGUCAGCUGCUACAAUCGCGGGAUCAUUGAGCUGAGUGAUGAUUCCGAGGUGGUUGUUCCUGAGGACCUUAAGGCCGCCGUUUCAGCUGGCGAAGUUAAACUCUACGGACAGAGAUACGAUGAGCGAGUUUUAGAGGAAUAUGUCUAUGAUUUGGUGGAUGAAGCAACAAAUCAGUAUCUCGACGAGCUGGAAAAGCUUGCCGCUGUUGGCAAUCAAUAG